AUGAAUAAUUUAAUUUCUUGUGAACCAGAAAAGAACAUACACAAGUUAAUGUACGCUCAAAUAUUUGCUGAAUAUGGUCAAAGUGUUGUUCUACGUCGAUUUGGAGUAUCAUCUCUUGGACAGCCAUUUUGCAUUUUUACACGAAAACGUCUACUAGGCGGCUAUGUGACGGAGAUGAUCACAGCAAAUCCACGUAAUCGGCCGUUUAUAUCUUUGCCAUUCAAGAUUUCUGGUGUUCAAAUAUUAGAAGAAGCCCAACUUUUCGUUCAAAGCGUUCUGAAUACAUUGAAUAAGUUACGGAAGUUUUCAUUAGGAUCUCAGCCAACCGGAUGGUGCAUACCAGUAGGAAAGGAUAUGAUGCAGUUUGACUUACUUGAUGAGGAAGUACAUAAGUAUCCUUCAAAAUUUCUUGAAAUAGGUGAUGAGCUGUUUGUGGAAUGCAUGCUGUCAGGAAUUACAUUUUAUCAUUCGGGUAUCUAUGCUGGCGCCGGAAAUGUUUACCAUUUCAUGAGUAACAACCAAGAAAUAGAUUCAACCAUCGUCUCAUGUCUAUCAACAUUCGCUCGGUCCCCCGCAUCUGUAUUAUGUGACGCGUUUUAUGAUUUCGUACAUGCUUUAGUGGAAACGAAUAAUGGUUCUGGUCCAAGAGUUUUUCGUGUAACGCAUCCAUUCAAGUGUCGUUCAAGCGAUGAAAUAGUUGAAGAAUGUGAACGAUUAGCUGGAGAAUGGGAUUGGUAUGAUAUCAGAAAUCGUAAUUGUCAACACUUUUCAUCAUUUUGCUCAACUGGAACAAUGAUAUCAUAUGAUAUGGAAAAUAAUUUAAAAUACUUAGCUUGUACAUUACUUAGACCAUCAGGACGAUUUCUUGCUCAAAAGAUUCAUAACUUAUAA